AUUGACUUUGAGAAAUCCUAAAAGAUAUCAUCAAGAGAUAGAAAUAAAUUAACAGAAACGUAAGUUAUAGUUAAAUGGAAAAAUUGAAACCGUUCAUAUGUGGCGGCAUAAGUUCUAUGGUUGCGGAAUUUGGAACUUUUCCUAUCGAUACAACAAAAACCAGAUUGCAAAUACAAGAAGGUCGAACAAAUAUUAAAUAUAAUGGGAUGUUUGACUGUGGAUUAAAGAUUUAUAAACAGGAAGGAUUAAGAUCACUUUAUUCAGGAAUUGCUCCGGCAAUAUUACGACAAUCAGUGUAUGGAACAUUAAAGUUUGGAAGUUAUUAUAGCCUGAAAAAUGUCAUUGUAUCGCAUUUCUAUGACGACGAAACCGUGGGAGAAAACAUGUACAUUAAUGUAGCUUGUGCUGCCUUGGCUGGAGCGUUCUCAUCAGCAAUAGCAAAUCCAACAGAUGUUCUUAAAGUUCGAAUGCAAGUACAAGGAAAAGGAAAGAAUCGAAUACCGCUCUAUAAAUGUUUUUAUGAGAUUUAUCGAACAGAAGGAGUGAAAGGACUUUACAGAGGAGUGAUACCCACAAGCCAAAGAGCCAUGACAAUUGCUGCAGUUGAACUUCCAGUUUACGACUUGUGCAAACAUUACAUGCUAGACACUAUUGGUGAUCAUCCUGUUAAUCAUUUCAUAUCUUCUUUUAUUGCGUCACUUCUGGCAGCGAUUGCUUCAUGUCCCAUAGAUGUUAUUCGUACGAGGCUAAUGAAUCAGAGAAAAAUUCUCAAUUCUUACGGAUCAACUUCAGUUGCCCAAUCGACAGUUUAUUUUGCAAAUAGCUUCGAAUGUUUAACAAGCAUUUUAAGGAAUGAAGGAUUCAUGGCGCUUUACAAAGCUGCAUUUUCUCCCCUAACUUAUAUUAUGGUUUCACGUCUGGCAACGAAUAGAUCGUUUUCACUUUAUAAGCGGACAAUGAGUAGUCAUUCUAAAGGCCUUGUUUUGGGAAUUUAUUCAAAAUCGUCUAAGAACGGUUCUGAUAAAAAUAAUGAGAUAACAUUAACACCACUUGCGGAAUCAAUAAAUAAGAAAUCAAAUGGAAAAUUAUUGAACGCAAUCAACACCGCUUUUUGUGAGAGUCUUUCAUGUGGUAAAACAAGGAUUCUGUAUGGACAGGAGAUUGAAGAUUACAAAGCCAUUGCAAUCACCGCUUUGGAUCCUAAAAAAUGGGAUCAACAUGAUCAAAUAAAUGGCGUCAAUGAAAGUGUUCGUAUUGCUUCUGCAGCUGCCGUUAAAUCACUUCAAUCGCUUAAAAUUAAUGAAGUUUAUGUCGAUGAUUUGGGAAGUGCGAGUGCAGCAGCUGAAGAACCUCCAAAGUUCUUAGAAAUCACUUACAAUGGCGACACUUCAUCAAAAAGUCCAAUUGCUUUAGUUGGCAAGGGCAUCACAUUCGAUUCAGGUGGCAUUAGCAUUAAGCCAUCAUCGAAAAUGGAUCAAAUGAGAGCUGACAUGGGCGGAGCAGCAAACGUUGCCAGCUGCAUUUGGGCACUUGCACAGUUAAAAGUCAAGGUUAACGUUAAAGGUUUCAUACCUUUAUGUGAAAACAUGCCAGGGAAUAAAGCAACAAAACCUGGCGACGUUAUUGUCGGACGAAGUGGCAAAAGUGUUUGCAUUGAUAACACAGACGCCGAAGGUCGAUUAAUUCUUGCAGAUGCUUUGAGUUAUGCGAAUGAUUUCAAACCCUUAUGGACUCUUGACAUCGCAACAUUAACUGGAGCGGUUCGAGUAGCACUCGGUGAUUGUGUAACUGCAAUAUUUUCAACAUCUGAUGACUUGUGGCAGUCGAUUCACCAUGCGGGUCAAGAAACUGGUGACAGAGUUUGGCGAAUGCCGCUCUUUUCUCAUUACUCUAAUCAAAUGACCGAACACGAUGGUUACGAUUUGAAUAAUUUAGGAAAAGGAAAGGGCGGUGGAAGUUGCACAGCAGCAGCUUUCUUAAGAGAAUUCGUACCGAAAGAUGCCAAAUGGCUUCAUGCUGACAUUGCCGGAGUGAUGAGUGAGACAUCAGAUCAACCAUACAUGGGAAGUGGAAUGACGGGGCGACCUGUAAGGACUUUAAUAGAAUUCAUCAUGCAAGAAUCGAAAAAAUAAAACUUUUUUCCUUUUGAUAACUUCGUUGAGCAUUUAAAUAAGAAAAUCGUGCUGCAAAUUAGAUACCUCGAUAUUUGCCAUAAAGAUUAUUAAAAGAAAGCUUUUCCAAGUAAAUUUUAAAAAGAAAAUAAAAUAAAGAAGUAAAUUGAGUGAAAUUUGUUGUGGCUUUAAUUUUUUUAAUCGAUAUUUACGUAACUUAAUUGUUUUCCCCAAGUUUUGAAGUGACUUCUUCUUGUUGUUCAAAACAAAUGAAGGGAAAAAUAAAUUAAGUAAUCUCACGUAAAAUCAACCAAAACAAGUACGAGGAAAAAAGAAAACACAAUAAAUCAUUACGUGAAUAAAAUAAACGAAAA